AUGUCAAAUUACAAGGAGAUACUCAAAAAAGGGUGGCACCCCGAAAAAGAUGGCACGACGCUCAAAGGGCAAGUGAAGAGUCUCAUUGGUCGUGGUGACGACAACACUCGCCGCAGCUAUCAUGUCGCAACGCCCCUAAACUCACUGCGUGACCCGGCAAGCUUCGGCCCGCCGCCCAAGAGGAACUCCAACGUCGUCAUCGGAGCAACUAGCCCGGCAACCUCCUCAUCAUCAUCACCCGCUUCUCAGACCGGCCCGGCGGUCGCCCCACGAACAGCGGCAGCGCCGGAGCCCGCAUCAGAGGAACCGCCGCCGCAGCCCAACCCGUGGCGUCUCGACACGACCGGUCUCUCCACAGCACAUCUCCCCCCGCCUCCGACGCGGAAAGACGGGACAGACGGGCGCUCACCACCAGCACCACCACCAGCACCAGGAGGCGGAGGGGCUAAAGCACCCCCGAGUCUCCCUCCACGCCUGCCUCCAAGGUCAGGCACUGCAUCCCCAGCAACUCCGUCUCCGCCACUACCGCCAAAGCCACAGGCCUCAGCAACAACUACAACAUCAUCAUCAACACCAUCCCCAGCCCUUCCAGCCCGGCCACAAGCUUCAUCCCCAACCACGGGCCCAGCCCAGGGUUACCUCAACCAGUCAGCCGUAAACCGCCUCGGGGCAGCAGGGAUCUCCGUUCCCGGCCUCGGCAUUACCCCUUCCUACCCAAACACCUCAUCGUCAACAGCAGCAGCAGCGCCCACCCAGGCACCCGCCACGGCCAGCCCCCCGAAACCGCCGCGGCCGCAACCGUCGCACAUGAGCGAGCUGCAAUCCCGCUUCGGCCAGCUCAGAACCACCGCCGACAACGCUGAGCGGCACGGGGAGCAGAUCGCUGGGGCCUCGAGGGCGGUCGGGGCCCUGCAGCAGCAGCAGCAGCAGUUUGGGGGUGGAGCGGCGGCGGCUGCCGGAGGAGGUGGUCCUUCCGGCCUCGCGGCCGUAGCGGGGAAAAAGAAACCGCCGCCGCCGCCGCCGAAAAAGAAGGAUAUUCAGAUACCGGGUUUUGGCGCCCCGGGACAGAAGCAGGAGCAGGGACGGGAACUGGACCAUAAUAAGCGGGGGAUUGGGGGUGGUGGCCAAGACGACGAACCGCCGCCCAUUCCUCUGGCGACCAAACCGCAAUUUUGA